AUGCCGGCCAAUCCCGUCAGCGAUGACGAGACAGUGGGGCUAGCAUGGCCUGGUGCGGCACGGGCUCUUCAGCGGAAUGCAACCAUCCUCAAAGCAGUGAUACUUGUUGCGUUCGUGUGCCUCUCCAUCGUGCUAUGCACCGCUGGAAUUUACUUGCGAAGUUGGGAGCUCCAAUUCAGGAUUCAGGAGCUGAAGGACUACAUCCUCGUCUCGAACCAGCCAGACCUUCUUUGCGCCGGGGCUACGGACCAGGAGUGGGCCUUGGGGCCCUUCGAGAAGUUCCGUGCCUGCGAAGCGCGCCAGCGCGCGGACUUCAUCAGCUCCGACAAGGAGAUCUACGAGCAGUGUAUCUCGACCCACCCCUACGACCGGGAGAGCUUCUGCCAGCGUGGCAAGGAGGUCCGAAUAUUUGUGUACAACAUCACCAACCCGGAGGAUGUGGUGGAGGGUCUGACGCCACGCAUACAGGAGAUUGGGCGCAAGGGCAACGCGGGGCCCUUGGUUUUCUAUGAAGACUGCAGGACGUUCGACACCGAAUUCCGCACCAACGAGGUGGAGUUUAGCGAGUACUGCUACUACACCUACAAGUAUCCCUCCACGGAGGCGGCGGAUUUGGGGCAGCAGGUGAUCACGGUGAACGUGGGCCUCAUGGAAGCCAUCGGGAACUCCUUCGGGAAAGUGGACUACAUCGUGGUGGUGGUGUGGGGCCCACUGGGCUUAGAGCGGCUCAAUGCCACCACCACCACGGUGGAGGACUACAUGCGGGGACAGCUGCUCUCCUUCUCCUGGCCCAACGAUUUUGGGGCUGACUUCUUGGCGCAGUUCAGCCCGGGCCAGGCGGGGUUCCGCGCCAAGGACAACGCCCGGAGCCUGUUCGAAGCAGUGCUCGACGCGCAGGAGAGUUGCACCAUCAAUGGGCGCCAGUACGACACGAAUCAGUGCACCUCCAUGGCCAACACCCUGGUGGUCUAUGCGCGGCUUUACUACGAGAGCUUCCAGACCUUCACGGUGGAGCCCUUCGGCCUGACCUUCCAGCAGGGCGCGGGGCUCUUCGUGAACGCCAAGCUCGGGGACCUCCUGGGCUACUACGCAGGCUAUGAUGAUCCCAUUUCCUCCUACAUGCUGCCAAGGAGGGUGUCCUGGAACGUGGUGAGGUCCAAGACCCAGGUGGAGGUCUUGGCGCAGAUGCGCGCCGGCUACGCGGACGCCCAGAAUGGCCGCCUGAAUUCUGGGCCCUUGGGCCGCUCGGUGCUCGUCUCCAACAGUAUUGACAAUCUUGGGUCCUACACCAAGUUUCAGGGCCGCAGGUUCGUCACGGAGUUCGACUUCCAGGGCUGCCGUCCCAUGGGCGAGAACGGGCAGGUGGUGGUGCCUCCGGACGGGCCCUACCCCCCGCAGUGCUACGGGGGCACCCCGCUGGAGGUGCGCGGGUCUCGGGGCAGCCAGGUGAAGCCCCAGGUGUGGUCCGAGCAGCCCGGCGUGCAGGAGAGUGUGGAGUUCUUCUCAAAGACUUUGAUGCGCCCGGUGACGUACUCCUUUAUCGAGGAUUUCGAGCUGCCUGCGGAGAACAAUGACGUGGUCCACGUAAGGCGCUACGAGCUCAACGAGGAGGGCCUGCGGCAGGCCCGGCUCGCCUUCAACUGCGAGGCGAUCUUCAAGUCCAUGUCCGACUCGGGAGUCUUGAACCGGGGCUCCGACUGCGACAUGCUGCUGGGCAUGUUCGACCUCUCGGCGUCCUCCAACCAGAUCCCCUACGUCUGGUCCCUGCCCCACUUCUACCUAGUGGAGGCUCCUGACUCUACGCAGCAUCCCAGGAACAACCUCAUCGGCUUCGUGACGCCCACAGGCCCCAGGUACCGCAACAUGGUGGUCAUUGAGCGGGAGUCCGGCCGGGUCUUGCAGAGCAUGGUGAAGGAGCAGAUCUCCAUACGCCUCUACCAGGACACCCGGAACUACUUCUUCACCAAGCACAAGAGUGUGGCGAUCCCAUUGUAUUGGCGCAUGGACACCAAGAAUGCCACCCUGAGCGAGCGCCAGCUGCUGGGCGAGCUGCAAGCCACCUUCCGUGGCCUCGACGCUGGGUUCCUGGCUUGCAUGAUCUUUGGCGGGGUCAGCCUCUUAGCGGCCCUCUUCGUGGGCAUGCUGCUGUACAGGGACAACUCGCUGCAGACGGUGCAGGAGAAGAGGAAGCGGAUCCAAGCGGAGCUGGCGGCAGCCAUACCGCCGGACAACGUGGAAGAUCGAGAGGAGGAGCGAAACAGUGAAACAGUCCACCGGAUCUUUUGGGCAAGGGUGGGUGGGUGGGAGUUUCAGUUUCCAUGGUAG